AUGGAUCUGCAAACGUCGGUGAUGAACUUUGACCCCUCUGGUCAGGCCAUGGGUCAGUAUGUACAGGCCCAAAACGCCUUGCAGAAUUUUCAGCUGCAGCAGUUGCAAGGCCAGGGUCAAAUUCAGCUACAAGGGCAGCAAUUUCCUCUGCUUCAGCUUGGACAAGGGGGACAGUUUUUAUUGAACCAACAACAAUUGCUACAACAUUUAAGUCAAGGUCAAGCCAUCCAGCUGCCAGGUCAAGGUCAGAGCAUUCAGCUGCCCCAACAUCUCCAACAUAUACAGCUGCAGAAUCAGCAGGGGCAACCCAUCCAGAUCCAGGGUCAGAACGGCCAGGCCAUACAAAUUCAAGGCUCCAACGGCCAAACAAUACAGCUGCAAGGACAGAAUGGGCAGCAGUUACAACUUCAAUCUCAGAAUGGUCAGUCUAUUCAGCUUCAGAGUCAAAAUGGACAGUCUAUACAAAUUCAGAACCAGCAUGGUCAGCAUUUACAGGUGCAGGGUCAGAACGGUCAACAGAUACAACUUCAGGCACAGAAUGGUCAGCCAAUUCACAUACAGACCCAAAAUGGCCAUUCAAUCCAGCUUCAUGGAGCUGGCGGUCAGAUCAUGCAGUUGCCUAAUGGUCAGCAGAUUCAGAUUCAGCCCCAGCAAACUCUUCAACUGCAUGGGCAGCAAAUUCAAACUCAGCCAUUCCAACUGCAGAACCAGUUGGGCCAGGUGCUGCAGCUGCAAGGGCAGCAACUACAAACUGUACAACUUCCCAACCAGCAGCUCCAGAUGAUGUCCAUACAGGGUCAGCCGUGUCAGGUCGUGCACGUCCAGGGUCCUAAUGGGCAGAUCAUACAGCAGGUGGUUCCACUGAUGCUUGGAGCAGACCAGCUAGGAGGACUUUUAAAUCCUUUACAGCAGAUGUUCCUGCAAGCACAGAACCAGACCCAGAUGGUUGGUCAGUUUGUCCAGACAGAGAGUGGACUUGUAUGGCAGCCCACCAACAUGUUUGGAACAGUAGAUAACAAUGCGGCCGCUGCGGCGGCAGCAGCAGCAUCAUUACAGUUUUCUCAGGCAGCAGUUGUCACACAGAACCAAAAUGUGGAGUCAACAAUUCAGCAAGAUCUGAACACAUCAGGGAUAGGAGAACACAACAGCACAGAGCAUGACAACAAUGAAUCUCACCACUCGGCAUUGGUCAGUGGUGAUUCCAUGUCCUCCGUACCUGGGUCUACCAACACCACAACCACGUCAGCGUCUCCACAUCCCGUUGGGAGAAUACAGAUAGCGGCUGAAGACCCUGAUGAUGAUACACAACCCUUGUAUGUCAAUGCCAAACAGUACCACCGUAUUUUGAAAAGACGAGCAGCCAGGGCAAAGUUGGAAAGUUCCGGAAAAGUUGUUCGGAAACGUAAGAAGUAUCUGCACGAGUCCCGACACAAGCAUGCAUGUCAGCGAACACGAGGCACCGGAGGUAGAUUCUUCUCAGUGAAAGUGGAGAGCGAGUCUGACUUUAUAAUGAAGGACGGUGCAGAUAGCCCGGAUCACAGACACUGCCAACAUUCACCUCUAGAUGGACAAAGGAAUACCCCGUCUUCAUCCCCUCAGCAGCUGUCAGAUACAGACGAUGUCUCGGCGGUCUCUAUCAAUGGGCAUAUAUGA